AUGGAGUAUUGUCGCAAGGGUGAGCUGUGUCAGCACCUCAAGAAGCGCUCCAACAUGGCAAUGAUGAUUCCCGAAGACACGAUUCUCAACUGGUUCGUGCAGCUCGUGCUCGCGUUAGAGUACCUUCACCAUAAGAACAUUCUCCACCGAGACGUCAAGGCGGAGAACGUGUUUCUUCGCAGCCGUCACGACACGCCGCUGGGUAACGCGGCGACGGUGCAGCUGGGCGAUUUCGGCAUUUCGCGAAUGCUGGAGGCCCACGAGGCGGUCGCGCGAAGCUUCGUGGGCACGCCGCUGUACAUGUCGCCCGAGCUGAUCCGGAACGAACCGUACGACCAUAAGUCAGGUGAGCCGUUCGAUCACGAGUCAGAUGAGCCGUACGAAAUUGAGUCAGAUGAGCCGCACGACCCGGGUGUAAAGGCCUGA